CAGCGGGGCACGCACCCCGAGUCACCCCGAGUCACCCCGAGUCACCCCGAGUCACCCCGACUCCCCCCGAGUCACUCCAACUCAACCUGACUCACCCCGAGUCACUACAACUCACCCUGACUCACCCCGAGUCACUCCGAUUCACCCCAAGUCACUCCAACUCACCCUGACUCACCCCGAGUCACUCCGAUUCACCCCGAGUCACUACAACUCACCCUGACUCACCCCGAGUCACUCCGAUUCACCCCGAGUCACUCCAACUCACCCUGAGUCACUCCGAUUCACCCCGAGUCACUACAACUCACCCUGACUCACCCCGAGUCACUCCGAUUCACUCCGAGUCACUCCAACUCACCCUGAGUCACCCCAAGUCACCCUGACUCACCCCGAGUGACUACAACUCACCCUGACUCACCCCGAGUCACUACAACUCACCCUGACUCACCCCGAGUCACUCCGAUUCACCCCAAGUCACUCCAACUCACCCUGACUCACCCCGAGUCACUCCGAUUCACCCCAAGUCACUCCAACUCACCCUGACUCACCCCGAGUCACUCCGAUUCACCCCGAGUCACUCCAACUCACCCUGAGUCACUCCGAUUCACCCCGAGUCACUACAACUCACCCUGACUCACCCCGAGUCACUCCGAUUCACUCCGAGUCACUCCAACUCACCCUGAGUCACCCCAAGUCACCCUGACUCACCCCGAGUGACUACAACUCACCCUGACUCACCCCGAGUCACUACAACUUACCCUGACUCACCCCGAGUCACUACAACUCACCCCGAGUCACUACAACUCACCCUGACUCACCCCAAGUCACCCUGACUCACCCCGAGUCACUCCGAUUCACCCUGAGUCACUCCGACUCACCUCGAGUCACUCGAACUCACCCAGUCACCAUGAGUCACCCCGAGUCACUCCAACUCACCCCGAGUCACUCCAAGUCACCCCGGGUCACUCAGAGUCACUCCAGUUCACCCUGAGUCACUCCAACUCAGUCUGACUCACCGCGAGUCACUCCAAAUCACCCGAGUCACUCUGACUCACUCCGAGUCACCCCGAGUCUCUCCGACUAAACCCAAGUCACACCAACUCACCCAGAGUCACCCCGAGUCACUCCGACUCACCCCAACUCACCGAGUCAAACCGAGUGACUCCGACUCACCCUGAGUCACUCCAAGUCACCCCGACUCACUCCAAGUCACUCUGAGUCAUUCCGACUCACCCCGAGUCACUCCAACUCACCCCGAGUCACUCCGACUCACCCCGAGUCACUCCAAGUCACUCCGGCUCACCCAGAGUCACCAUGAAUCACUCCAAGUCACUCCAACUCACCCCGAGUCACUCUGACUCACCCCGAAUCACCCUAACUCUGACUCACUCUGACUCACCCCGAGUCACUUCAACUCACCCCGGCUCACCCCGAAUCUGACUCACCCUGACCUCCAGAUCCUGAUUAAGUGGACGGUCCGGUCCAGACCUCGAGUGGUUCUCCUCAUCCCUGGCUGUCUGCAGGCUGGUGUGUUUCAGGGCUCAGGUCUUGGACCCCCCCUGUUCCUGCUGCAGGUCCUUCCUCCGGGUCAGCUGAUCCAGUUCAGAGACGUCUCCUGAGGACCUGCAGCUGUCCCGCUGUCCACAAGGUGGAACCUGUCCACUAAAUAUGAUGGAACCCAGUUUAAUGUGGAACCUUUAAUCCCAAUCAUAUAUUUUAGUCUCUGAGACCACAACAGGGACCAGGACAGGACCAGGACAGGGACCAGGGUCUUUCUGGACUGUACUUCCUGUGGUCGGACUGUACUUGCUGUGGUCAGGCUGUACUUCCUGUAGUCAGGCUGUACUUCCUGUGGUCGGACUGUACUUCCUGUGCUUGGACUGUACUUCCUGUGGUCAGACUGUACUUCCUGUGGUCAGGCUGUACUUCCUGUGGUCAGGCUGCACUUCCUGUGGUCAGGCUGUACUUCCUGUGGUCAGGCUGUACUUCCUGUGGUCGGACUGUACUUCCUGUGGUCAGACUGUACUUCCUGUGGUCAGGCUUACUUCAUGUGGUCAGACUGCACUUCCUGUGGUCGGACUGUACUUCCUGUGGUCAGACUGUACUUCCUGUGGUCAGGCUUACUUCAUGUGGUCAGACUGUACUUCCUGUGGUCAGGCUGUACUUCCUGUGGUCAGGCUGUACUUCCUGUGGUCAGGCUGCACUUCCUGUGGUCAGGCUGUACUUCCUGUGGUCAGGCUGUAUUUCCUGUGGUCAGGCUGUACUUCCUGUGGUCGGACUGUACUUCCUGUGGUCAGGCUGUACUUCCUGUGGUCAGGCUGUACUUCCUGUGGUCAGACUGCACUUCCUGUGGUCAGACUGUGCUUCCUGUGGUCAGACUGCACUUCCUGUGGUCAGACUGUACUUCCUGUGGUCAGGCUGUACUUCCUGUGGUCAGGCUGUACUUCCUGUGAUCAGACUGUACUUCCUUUGGUCAGGCUGUACUUCCUGUGGUCAGACUGCACUUCCUGUGGUCAGGCUGUACUUCCUGUGGUCAGACUGCACUUCCUGUUGUCAGACUGCACUUCCUGUGGUCAGGCUGUGCUUCCUUUGGUCAGGCUGUACUUCCUGUGGUCGGACUGUACUUCCCAUGGUCAGACUGUACUUCCUGUGGUCAAGACUGCACUUCCUGUGGUCAGACUGUACUUCCUUUGGUCAGGCUGUACUUCCUGUGGUCAGGCUGCACUUCCUGUGGUCAGACUAUACUUCCUGUGGUCAUACUGUACUUCCUUUGGUCAGGCUGUACUUCCUGUGGUCAUACUGUACUUCCUUUGGUCAGGCUGUACUUCCUGUGGUCAGACUGUACUUCCUUUGGUCAGGCUGUACUUCCUGUGGUCAGACUGUACUUCCUUUGGUCAGGCUGUACUUCCUGUGGUCGGACUGUACUUCCCAUGGUCAGACUGUACUUCCUGUGGUCAAGACUGUACUUCCUGUGGUCGGACUGUACUUGCUGUGGUCAGGCUGUACUUCCUGUAGUCAGGCUGUACUUCCUGUGGUCGGACUGUACUUCCUGUGCUUGGACUGUACUUCCUGUGGUCAGACUGUACUUCCUGUGGUCAGGCUGUACUUCCUGUGGUCAGGCUGCACUUCCUGUGGUCAGGCUGUACUUCCUGUGGUCAGGCUGUACUUCCUGUGGUCGGACUGUACUUCCUGUGGUCAGACUGUACUUCCUGUGGUCAGGCUUACUUCAUGUGGUCAGACUGCACUUCCUGUGGUCGGACUGUACUUCCUGUGGUCAGACUGUACUUCCUGUGGUCAGGCUUACUUCAUGUGGUCAGACUGUACUUCCUGUGGUCAGGCUGUACUUCCUGUGGUCAGGCUGUACUUCCUGUGGUCAGGCUGCACUUCCUGUGGUCAGGCUGUACUUCCUGUGGUCAGGCUGUAUUUCCUGUGGUCAGGCUGUACUUCCUGUGGUCGGACUGUACUUCCUGUGGUCAGGCUGUACUUCCUGUGGUCAGGCUGUACUUCCUGUGGUCAGACUGCACUUCCUGUGGUCAGACUGUGCUUCCUGUGGUCAGACUGCACUUCCUGUGGUCAGACUGUACUUCCUGUGGUCAGGCUGUACUUCCUGUGGUCAGGCUGUACUUCCUGUGAUCAGACUGUACUUCCUUUGGUCAGGCUGUACUUCCUGUGGUCAGACUGCACUUCCUGUGGUCAGGCUGUACUUCCUGUGGUCAGACUGCACUUCCUGUUGUCAGACUGCACUUCCUGUGGUCAGGCUGUGCUUCCUUUGGUCAGGCUGUACUUCCUGUGGUCGGACUGUACUUCCCAUGGUCAGACUGUACUUCCUGUGGUCAAGACUGCACUUCCUGUGGUCAGACUGUACUUCCUUUGGUCAGGCUGUACUUCCUGUGGUCAUACUGUACUUCCUUUGGUCAGGCUGUACUUCCUGUGGUCAGACUGUACUUCCUUUGGUCAGGCUGUACUUCCUGUGGUCAGACUGUACUUCCUUUGGUCAGGCUGUACUUCCUGUGGUCGGACUGUACUUCCCAUGGUCAGACUGUACUUCCUGUGGUCAAGACUGUACUUCCUGUGGUCAGGCUGCACUUCCUGUGGUCAGACUGCACUUCCUGUGGUCGGACUGUACUUCCUGUGGUCAGAUUAUACUUUCUGUGGUCAGACUGUACUUCCUGUGGUCAGACUGUACUUCCUGUGGUCAGGCUGUACUUCCUGUUUUCAGGCGGUUCUGUGUUUCCAGGUCAACGUCUACAUCCUGGGAAAAACCUUCCUGCUUCUGGCUCGAGAGCUCUGCAUCAACGCUCCGGCCAUCGACCCCUGUCUCUACAUCCCCCGGUUCGCCCACAUGCUGGACUUCGGGACUCAGACCCAUGAAGUGUCCAUGACGGCUCUGCGUCUCGUCCAGAGGAUGAAGAGGGACUGGAUGCACACGGGACGGAGACCGUCUGGACUCUGUGGAGCAGCGCUGCUGGUCGCAGCUCGGAUGCAUAAGUUCCGUCGUUCUGUGAAGGACGUGAUCGGAGUGGUGAAGGUGUGCCAGACCACGCUGAGGAAGAGGCUGACGGAGUUCGAGGACACGCCCACCAGUCAGCUGACCAUCGACGAGUUCAUGAGGGUGGACCUGGAGACGGAGUGCGACCCGCCGGCCUUCACCGCCGCCCAGCACCGCGCCCGGCUGCAGCUGCUGGAGCAGGAGCUGUCCCGGAAGCUGGACGAGGUGGAAGGGGAGAUCAGCUGCUACAAAGACGAGAUCGAGACGGAGCUGGAGAGGACCCGUCCCCGGCUGAGGGGGAUCUACGCCGCCUACGCCAGCGAGGGCAGCGCUUCGGACCCCGGCGGCCCCUCGGACCCCGGCGGCCCCUCGGACCCCGGCGGCCCCUCGGACCCCGGCGGCCCCUCGGACCCCGGCGGCGCCCCGGACGCCCCGGCCUCAGACCCCGAGGAUCCGGACGCCGAAUACCUGGAGCUCCGGGCGGCCACCGAGCACCUGGCCCAGGACUUCCUGUGUCAGGCGGUCCGGGAGGCGGGGCCAGAGACGGACGGGGCGGGGCCCUGCUGCCGGCCGGCCCCUCUGGCCGCCAUCCUGGGUCAGACGCCGACGGCCGCCGGCCUCCGGCAGACCGUCCAGACCUUCCAGACCUUCCAGACCUCCAGGGACGCCGAGUGUCCGCCGACCGGAACGGACGGGGCGUCGGAGGACGGCGAGCUGGACCUGGACGGGAUCGACGAUCAGGAGAUCGAGAAGUACAUCCUGAACCAGGAGGAGGUGGAGGUGAAGACGGAGCUGUGGACCAAGCAGAACCAGGACUACCUGACGGAGCAGAGAGAGAAAGAGGAGCGGAUCCAGAAAGAGAAAGAACAGGGGACGUACAAGGAGAAGAAGAAGAAGCCGUCCAGGAAGCGGCAGCAGCAGGAGGCGUCGUCGGCCGGAGAGGCCAUCGAGCGGAUGCUGGAGAAGAAGAAGAUCUCCAGUAAGAUCAACUACGACGUCCUCAGAGACCUGAACCGAGGGGACAGAGGGGACGGAGGGGACGCAGGGGACGCCGCCGGAGGCUCCGCCCCCCGGCCCCCCGAGCCCGGCUCCGCCCCCCGGCGACGCCCCCGUCGGCGCCAGCGUAACCGGAGCACCGAGGCCGACUGGGAGUUCGCCGCCAACACCACCAUGAUGGGCAAGAGGUUCCGUCGUCUCAUUUCUGCAAAGUCCAAGAGGAAAAACCCCGAUCCCCCGGUGGAGAGCCCCGUCACCAUGGAAACAGCGGUGAUGGACGUGUCUUCUGCGGGACACACAUGUCAACCAGAGGCCGACUGUAGCUCCGCCCCCUCCAGGACUCCGCCCCCUGUGGAGGAGGAGGAGGAGGAGGAGGUGGAGGAGGUGGAGGAGGAGUGUGUCAGCGCUCUGCAGCUGGUCGGAGAUUAUGGGUGUGAAGCAGAGGAGGAGGAGGUCUUUUAGCUCCGCCCACUGGUGCGAGG